AUGUCUCGCGACUUCCAGCUUCAGCUCAUCCGCAAGACUUUGGAAGACUUGGGCCAUGCUCCUGUUGCCGAUUUGUUAGCCAAGCGCAUUGCCGCUUCGGCCUCCACCUCAGCUUCGAACCAAUCCGCCAAGGACGACCAGUCGAGUAGAAUCGUUGCUGGUGACGAGCCCUACUCAGGGUCCCUGGGCUUCCUGUCGACUUUGGACGAACUCAUCGGGGUUGGAAAUUACAAUGGGGUGAUUGGGGCGUUUCAAUCGUGCAAUGACGAGUUUGAUUUCGCCAAUUCUCGCAUCCAGAUGACUCCAGCCCAGAAAUCAACGUCCGUCUACUUAGUCCACAGAUUUGCAUUCUUGGAAAAAAUUAUUCUCAAGUCCUUCAGGCAAUUGGAAGAAGCUGAAGCUGAAGGGCUCGUCAAGUUAUUGCAAGUUGACCUAACACGGGCAUUCAAUGCAAUUGACUCGUCUGCGAGAAGCCUGGCGGCAACCUCGAAUAUAACAUCGUCUUUGUCCAGAGAAAAUGAGGCCUCGCUAUUUUUCUCCUUGUUGAUGCAAACUCCUUUACCGGACGCCCUUGAACUGCAAAUAUUGACUCCCAGUGUCACAUUGACUGAGCUCAAAUAUCACAAGCCACUUCCCCUUGACGCAGAAGCAUUCAUUGCCAGAGUGAGAAACAUCCUUUCUCAUCAUUUGCACAGUAUUUUGUCGUCAGGAAAGAAUGAUAAAGCAUCGACGUCUUCUCUGUGGAGUUAUCAUGACAUUCCUGCCAAUUGCUUUGAGGAUUUGAUUCGUCACGCAACUCUACAUAAAUUGCUGAAGUCGAUUUAUUACCUACCCCCUAGAACGGAGCCUUAUCUCACGGAUAAUUUGCCCAUGUCUAUGAUCUUCCCGUCACCACUCAAUCAUUUGAGCAAAGAUGAUCUCCCCAUACAUCUCUUACAUACGUUGUCGGAUCACAGUGAUGAAGUUUGGUAUUCUAACUUCUCUCCCCUGGGUCGUUUCUUAGCAACGGGAUCUUUGGACGGUACAUGCAAUAUUUAUGAUGUCCAGAACGGUUUCUCUCUUCUUGCUGAAUUGGAUGCUAAUGCUGAGGAUCAGGAAAGCGCAUUCGUAAGCGGAUCCCAUAAACCUGCUCUUGAUAAGAAAAAGGGCAUCAUUUACUUUUGCUGGGAACCCCAUGAAAGAUACAUUGUGACUUGUUGCCUUGAUACAGUCAUAAGGGUAUGGCGUGUGGAGAACAUCACCCAGAGCAAACGCAUCACAAGGUCUAUGGAUGAUACGAAACUCACCUCGUUGGUAUCAUGUUUCACUCUCGGUGAGCGUAUGCGGACAUGGCCAUGUGAAUUCUUGCCCUAUAAAAAGAAUGCUACGCCCCAUUUCAUUGUCGGCUCCCCGGAUAAGGUUCUAAAGGUUUUCACCGUUGAUGGUACUGAGGUUUUGGAUUUUUACAGUGAUGCUGAUGAAUGGCUGACCAUACUUGAUGAUGAAACGCCUCUGUCAGCAACUCAGAAUGUCACCAGCUUAACGGGUAGCUAUAUACGAUCCGACCCUGACGUCCCUGCCUCAUCGGGUAAUGACCACACCAGUGGAACGAAUGUUGAUGACAGCAAAAGUUCUGCUGCGUCUCUGCAACAAUUCAAACGCAUAAACGACUUUGCGAUCACCGCAAACGGUAAGGUCCUCAUUACUGCGAAUAACGAUAAACAGGUUUUUUUUUAUAGGAUUCCAGACUUGUUUGAUCCGGCAGCUACGACAUCACGAAUUGCCCUGUUGAGUCUCAAUGGAAGAUUAACAUCGUGUACGGUGUCAGCUAACGACAGGUAUAUGUUGUUGAGUAUAGCCCCCGAAGAAUUGCAGUUGUGGGACAUCUCACCAUUGGAACGCUAUGAGAAGCCGUUCUUAAAGCAGAAAUUUGUCGGUCAAAGUCAAGCCACUUACAUGGUGAGAUCGUGUUUUGGAUACCUUAAUGUGCCAGAGAACAAGGAAGAGUUGAUUCUAAGUGGAAGUGAUGAUGGUUAUAUCUACAUUUGGAAAUUAGAAACGGGCCAGCUUGUAACUCGAAUCCGUGGACAUCACGGUCUUUGCAAUUCUGUUGCGUGGAACAGGUUCUACAAACCAACUGGUCAAGGUAAAGACUACGGCUUGUAUUGGAGUUCUGCAGGAGACGAUAAAUUGGUCAAGAUUUGGGGACCUAGGAAUUCGUAA